GAUAUCUAGCAUCAUUUGAAUGUAAUCUCAACAUUCAGCGUACAUCAUUAUUGGGUUAGUUGGUGAAAGAAACUUUUCUACCAAAAGGUAGUUUUACUUUUGAAGUAACGAUGUCACUCAAAUUUAUUUUUAUAGAGAGCUCUUAUUUUUUGGGUGUAAAUUAAUCAUAGUCCUUUCGUCUUUUCAUUAAAGGAGAAAUGAGUAUGAAUUGUCUACACGACUGCACCCUCCCUCGCCCAGACCGUGUCAUUACGAGCGACAUAUUGAAUUGAAGACCAUGAUAUCUAAGGUUUUUCAAUUCAAUCAACACCCAGAAAAACGAUAAUGGGGUUACCAUUUUCUCGUAUUCCAAUGAUACAUCUUCAUCUCAUCAUCAUAACUUUCACCUUCCCAAAAUUAAUCACAUCUCAAUCCACAUUCAUAACCCAAUGGUGCAGCGAUACAACAUACCCACCAAACAGUACAUACCAGACCAACCUCAAAAAACUCCUUAAUUCCCUCUCCACAGACACUCGCAUCACCUACGGCUUCUACAACUUCUCCCUCGGCCACCAACCCGACAGAGUAAACUCAUUAGCCCUCUGUCGAGGCGAUGUCCCGGUCAUUACAUGCCGUCUUUGUAUCCAAAACGCAGCUAAUUUACUCCCCCAAGUGUGCCCUAAUCAAAAAGAAGCAUUUGGGUACAGUGGGUAUUGUUCUAUUUUCAUCUCCAACCGUUCUAUUUAUGGACAAAUACAGGAUAAUGGAAAAUGGUAUAUCAAAGAUAAUAGUGAUAAUAUCAAAAAUGGUAAUGAUUUUAACGGCACUUUGUCUUCUUUGAUGAGUUUGCUACAGAAUCGCGCUGCUUCUGGUAAUUCUGAGAGGAAAUAUGCGUCAGGAGAAGCUAAAUUUGGGGGAGGGCAGAGUUUGUAUGGUCUUGUACAGUGUACUCCUGAUUUGUCAAGGAGAAAUUGUAUGCAGUGUAUUGAUGAUUAUUUGCAAAAUAUUUUGCCCAAUUGUUGUGUUCAGAGAAAUUAUAAGGCUUCUGGAGCGAUUUUUGUUGAACCAAGUUGUUUUGUUCGGUAUAAUAUUGAGCCUUUCUUUGGGAAUGUGCCUGAUUUAGCCUUGUCGCCACCACCACCGCCACCGCCAUUGCGACUGCUUCCACGGUCAUCGAACAAUAGUAGUUUAAAAUCUACGGCAGUUCAUAAAAGCAAAAAAGAUGCUAAACUUAUUGCGAUAUGUUUUCCGAUUGCUGUGUCAACAAUACUUGUUAUGAGUAUCAUCUUCAUCAUCUUAUCAUGGAGGAAGAGACCAAGAAAGACUUGGAUGCUGAAAUUCAGUAAAGAUGAAAUUAAGAAUCUCCAGUCCUUGCAAUUUAGUCUUCGUAGUAUCAAACAUGCUACACAUAAUUUCUCCGAUGAUCAUCAGCUCGGACAAGGUGGAUUUGGCAUUGUUUACAAGGGUGUGCUUCCUGAUGGGCAAGAAAUUGCAGUGAAAAGGCUUUUGAUGAACAAAGGACAAGGAGAUGUGGAAUUCAAGAAUGAAAUUCUAAUACUAGACAAGCUUCGACAUAUAAAUUUGGUGAAGCUUCUAGGCUUUUGUUUGGAAAAUAAAGAAAUGAUUCUUAUCUAUGAGUUUGUUGCCAACAGAAGCCUUGAUCAUUUCAUAUAUGAUCCAUUGAAGCGUCGGUCUAUGAGUUGGGAAACACGUUACAAAAUUAUUGUAUGCAUUGCUAAAGGGAUCUUAUAUCUCCAUGAAAACUCUCGACAAAAGAUCAUUCAUCGCGAUCUUAAAGCAGGGAAUGUUCUUCUUGAUGCCGAUUUUAAUCCUAAAAUUGCUGAUUUUGGUAUGGCAAGACUCUUUAAGAUUGAUCAAACUCAGACAUUUGCUAGCAAAGUUGUCGGUACUCUAGGCUAUAUAUCACCGGAAUAUGCACUACAAAGUCAGGUAUCAGUAAAGUUGGAUGUUUACAGCUAUGGCGUACUUAUACUAGAGAUUAUAAGUGGGCAAAAGAUCACUUCAUUCUUUUACCAAGAGAAUCAAGAAAACCUCCUUAGCUUUGCUUGGAGAAAUUGGAAGGAAAAUACAGGUUGGAAUCUAAUAGAUCCUGCAAUAUUAUCAAACGAUUCAAACCCGGAAAUAUUAAGAUGCAUACAUAUUGGUUUGUUAUGUGUCCAACACAAAGCAGAAGACAGGCCGAUUAUGUCUACAGUAGAUACUAUGUUGAGUAGCCAUUCUGUACAGCUUCAAGUACCAGCACCGCCUGCAUUUUUCGCGGAAAGUAAUUGUCUAUCGAAUAUGGCUUCGGAGUGGAGUUCUACGACUACUGAUCAUCAGGCAAGCAUCAGAUCAGGAAGAGAUUCAAUAAAUGGUGUUUCUAUUACAGAGUUGGAGCCUAGAUUAUGACAUUUUAUUAGGCCUGAUCAAGCUUACCUUCAGGAGAAUUGGUUGCCGGAUGGAACCUAAAAAUUUUAUUUUGGUAUCAGAGCCGACGUUAUACAAGCCUAAAAAUAAAUUUAUAAUUUAUCAACAUUGAGAUUCAAUUUUGAUAGUAAAUAUCUACAAUUAUGUCUAGAGUAAAUUAUCACAAAAAUUGAUAUUAUAAAACAUUUAAUAAGAAUUCCGUUGAUCAUGUAUGUUUUUCCUUAUAACUAUAUGAGGUUGAAAUAUAUUUGUAAAGUAUAAAAAGUCAAUAUGGUGCGAAUUUUAAUACACACAAUG